GAUAUUCUUCAGAAAUUUCGUGUACGACGAGUUUGCCCUCCAUGGAAUCAAAAUCAACCUCUGGUGGUGGUGGUGGUGGCGUUGUCCGUCGCAAAGGUACUCUGUCGAGAUAUGAACCAUACGCACUAGUGACAGAGAACAAGGAGAAAGAGGAGGAGGGGGUUGUACAACUUGGAGUUGAGCUUUCACUCCGUGUAGCAGAAUUCAUGUUUCUCCUGUGUGACGACAAGAAGGUAAUGUUGUUGUUCUGCUUUAUGAUAUGCAAAGUUGGAACACCAGACGACCCCGUGUCUGAAAGGCUGCUUCGCGUCAUGCACCAUGUCUACACUAAUGAGAUCGUAUCCAAGAAGAGACUGCAUAAAAAAAGUAUUUGUCCCAGCAGAUCGGUCCAUUGUGGAUUGAUCGGGAGUGCUUGGAAUGAUUUAGAUUACGUAAUCAGAUAUCUUCAUGGUCUUGCUUAUAAGCUUCUCAUAAGGAAACAACGUUGUUUCCCUAAUUUUAGACAUGAUCGAUUGGAUACUGUAGCUAUCAAGCGACUACUAAUCAAGAAGCUAGAUGAUAAACUGAGGUGUGCAAAAGAUGCUUCUGAGGCGAAUGGCUUUGCUAGGGAGACGUUAGAGUCUACCGUUUCUGAAACUUGGAAGUCUCUCUUCUUUAAUGAAGAAGAAGAAGAAGAUGUUGUUGUUGUUGGCGAAGAUGCAAAGGCCACAAAGAUUAGGCUUCUUCGCGACUUGUUUCAUCCUCUUUUUGGCGAAUCGUGGGAGCCUAAGUGGGUGAGGCCUAGCCAGUCACCUCUUUACACUAUAGGCAAGGAUUUUGAAAAGCAGGAGGAGAUGAGAGAGGAGGCCAUGCGACUUGGAGUUGAGCUCUCGCUCUACGUUGCUGAGUCCAUGUUCUUGAUGUGUGAUGAUAUCCGUAGUGUGUUAUUGUUCUGCAAUAGGUUAUUGUCAGCGGUUGUAAAAGACCUGAAACAACAACAACCACCUCAGGAUAGUCCUGUGACUGAAAGAAUUGUUCGUGUUUUUCAUUACGUCUAUUCGAAGCAUAUAAAACCACGAGUGUUUCAUUAUGGUGGCAGAUCAGUCCAAUGGAAACUGGCAAUGGCGUCUUUUGAGGAUUUUCAUGUCGGAAUCAGAGAUCUGGACGUCUUUGUAAGACAAGGAACGCCUACCAGUAGUAUUCACAAAGCGCUGAAGAACGUAGAGGAGAAGUUGAGAUGUGCCAAGGCUGUUUCAAAGGCGAAUGGGUUUACGAGGAAUGCAAUGGAGUCUGACAUUUUGAUCAUGUGGAAGUCUCUCUUUGACAAACCAACUGAGGAUCUUUGGGCUCUGAAAAUGAUGAGGGUUGGGAUUCUCAAUGACAUGUUUCACCCUCUACUCAAGGAAAUAGCUGAAGAAAACUCGCUUCGUCAUUCUUUUACUUGUCUUAAUAUAUAUAACUGAACUUGGAUCACACAACACUUGUUAUUAAUUUUUUCAAGUUUGUUUUAUUUUCUUAUUUUAUUGCGGGGCUUAGUUGUGUUUAAUUUAGUAGUCAGGCUUUUGUUCCAGACUGAUGAUAACUGAUUAAUGGUAGAGG